AUGAAGAAGGCUAGUAGCUCUUCUUCAGGCACUGGGAAGAAGAAGGAGAAGGAUGGCAAUGAUCAGAAGAAAACCAGUCCUGCUACUGUGGGAUCUGCUGCGGGAUCUGCUGCCGGUACAACAAGCGGAAGUAGCAGCAGUAGGAGCUCGACUGAGCGGACCAAGUCUAAUACGGCGUCACAAGGGUCUAGUAAACAUCAUAGCGGGUCCUCUGGUAAGAGUGGAAAGAGUUCUUCAUCGAAAUCGAGAAAUAACGGUGGUGAAAGCACUAAAGGUGUGCGGAAUGCGACGCCGACUGUGUCGAGUGGAGCUGAUUUGACAGAUCAUUUGACGCCCGCACCACCUACGGUGACUGUGACAAAGGAUAAUUCGUCGUCUGCAGCCGUGCUGCAACCGAUUGAUACACAGUCACAGGGUAGAUCACAGCCCACUUUAGUUGGGGCAGCAUCUGCUGUACCUCCAGCAUCCACAAAUGGAGCACCUAAUACAGAGCCCACUCAGUCGCAUUUGGGGACCUCUCAUGUCGAUAGUGGGUCUCCGCAUGCAAGCCCUUCCUCCCCCUCGGGUAUAGAUAUACCAAGGUUGUCCCAUUCGUUUGAAAAAUUGCCUACACCAACAAAGUUAAACACAGAUACAGAACUUGAUAUGAUAAAGAUUCCACAACGUCAUUCUUCGUCCCGAUUUGAAGCUUCAAGGUACACUCAGUUGACCAAACUACCGAGCUUUGAUGAUGUUUCGCCAGAGGAGACUAUUCCAUUAUUCUUGGCUAAAGUAGACCAGUGCAAUACGAUGUUUGAUUUCAAUGAUCCUAGCUUCGAUAUACAAGGAAAGGAAAUCAAAAGGGUCACUUUACAGGAACUUAUUGAGUUUAUCGUCACUAAUAGGUUCACUUAUACGCAUGAAAUGUACUCACAUGUCGUGGCAAUGUUCAAAUUCAACCUGUUUAGGCCAAUUCCUCCUCCCGUGAAUCCCAUAGGAGAUAUUUAUGACCCCGAUGAGGAUGAACCUGUCAAUGAAUUGGCAUGGCCUCAUAUGCAAUUGGUUUACGAGUUUUUCCUACGGUUCGUUGAGAGCCCAGAUUUCAACCAUCAAAUCGCCAAGCAAUAUAUCGAUCAGGAAUUCAUCUUAAAGUUACUAGAGCUGUUUGACAGCGAAGAUGUCAGAGAGAGAGACUGCUUAAAGACGACAUUGCAUAGAAUAUACGGUAAAUUUCUCAGCCUGAGAAGUUUUAUUCGUCGUUCGAUAAAUAACAUCUUCCUGCAAUUCGUCUACGAGACUGAGAGGUUUAAUGGUGUCGCAGAAUUACUAGAAAUCUUAGGAUCCAUUAUCAAUGGCUUUGCAUUGCCGUUAAAGGAAGAACACAAAGUUUUCCUCGUAAGAGUACUACUCCCAUUGCAUAAAGUUCGUUGUCUGUCGCUUUACCAUCCACAAUUAGCGUACUGCAUCGUUCAAUUUCUGGAGAAAGAACCCUUGCUGACUGAAGAAGUUGUGAUGGGUCUACUAAGGUACUGGCCCAAGAUUAACUCCACAAAGGAGAUCAUGUUCCUCAACGAGAUUGAAGAUAUCUUCGAAGUCAUUGAACCACUUGAGUUCAUAAAAGUUGAAGUGCCACUGUUCGUCCAAUUGGCAAAAUGUAUCUCAUCACCACAUUUCCAAGUCGCUGAGAAGGUGCUCAGUUAUUGGAACAACGAAUACUUCUUAAACCUAUGCAUCGAAAACGCAGAAGUCAUUCUACCAAUAAUUUUCCCAGCAUUAUACGAGCUGACGUCUCAACUAGAACUCGAUACCAUCAAUGGAGACGACGGUACGUCAGAUCCGUAUAUGCUUGUUGAACAAGCAAUAAAUUCUGGCUCAUGGAAUAGAGCUAUUCAUGCAAUGGCUUUCAAAGCCCUCAAGAUCUUUUUGGAGACAAAUCCAGUACUUUACGAGAACUGCAAUUCCUUGUACUUGUCGAGUGUUAAGGAGACUCAAAAACGCAAGGCUCAGAGAGAAGAAAACUGGCUCAAGUUAGAAGAAUACGUCAAAGGCUUGAAGAUCAACGAAACGAGUGAAAGUUCAGACGUCACUGAUUUUCCAAGUGAGGAACAGGCUCAGGCUACUGACAAUGGCAUUAAUGAACAAGUAGUUCCAACCUCACUACAAUAA